AUGCGGUUUGCCAAAUGCACGGUGAGUGCAGAUGAAGGGGCCCCCAUAGAGGGCCCCCACUCGGCGCUGCUCGGACAUGGCCAACACAAAGUCCUCGUGACACGAGCGCGGCUUCACGAGGUUGAGCUUCCCACAGCCUCGACAAAUAGCGAAGCAGCAGCAUCUCGAGCAGAGCGUGAAGAAGAGGAAGGAUGUCUUCUGUGGUUGGAGUACGCGCUGCCUCAGGAGUUGUUUGUGGAUCCGGAUAAAACUCAUGAGUUGGGAAUUUCCCAGAAAUCUACGAAGGCCCACCUAGGGGCCCCUGGAGAACCCCUGCUGCUGUCAGCCAAUACGACCUUCAUGCCAUCGUGUCAGGGAAUCUCCAGUAGAGGGGCCCUCCCUGAAGCCGAGUGCCGCAGGGGCCCUGUAAUGGUUAAUGUGGAACUGCCGAGCUAUUCUCCUUUGAUUGGGCCGCCACCUCUUGUGCGGCAGGAGGUGUUCAUCAGGCGCUCCGAGCUGCUAGGAGGCGUUGCCACCAACAUGCGGGAAGUAGAAAUUCAGCUGCCUGUGCAUUUGAGGUAUGGCCAGCCCUGCAGUGGCAGCUGUAACGGCCUGCUGGCGGCUGCCGCUGCGCCGCCGUUGGUGGGCAUUGCGUGCGCUGGGGCCCCCCCGCAACAGCUAGAAGCAGCGGCUGCAAAAGUAGGACAGGGCCUUUUGCAUUUUACAGUUCCUGUGGGACGGGUGGCUCAUUGGAACCUAGUUGUGGCUUUCAGUGGCUUGGCCGCCCUAGGGGGCCUACUUAGUGUGGUUUAUGCUCUAUCGGGAUGA